CCAUACAUAUAAAUUUCAGCACCGAACUACCUGAGGCCUGAGCGAGCAGUAAGAGCACGCGGCGAUAACCAUUCGAGGGCGGCGUGCGCGCGUACGGAGAGGGUUCGACCAUGAGGACAACCUGUUCGAUGGAAUGCCGCGGCAAGCUGGAGCCCUUGCUGCGCGCCAAUGCGGCGCUCCGCGUGCUCGCGCCGGGCCGCAGUAGGCAGAGUAGUGGCAACCGCCGCGGAAUCCACUUCGCACCUGGUCCAGCCUCGUCGGAGGAUGACGAGCAGGAGCGCGCUCCGCCGCCGCGGCGCUGGUACCGCGCCGCCUAUGCCCGGCUCCUCCGGCACGCGGGUUCACUCCGGGGCAUCGGUCUCGCGGGCGGGCCCCCACGGCACGCCGCGACGGGAUCCCUCAUCACCUACCCGUACGCCGCCGCCCUGGCGGCGCACUUUGACGCGCUCGCGCGCGAGUUCGUCUCCGCCGCCGCUGUCGCGAGCCGCCACCCACCGCUGAAGCUGAAGGAGACGUCGCUGAGCUCUCUGACGCGGGUCUGCGACGUGCUCGGCGUGUCGGCGCAGCGGAGGAAGAUCGUGCGGCUCACCGUCUGCCCGCAGGUAACGCAGCACCACAUCUGGCGUGGCGCGCUCGAGGAGGUGCUCGGGGAUCUAAAGACCGACAUGGCGUCGCUGGAGCGCCCGUCUCCGGCGACCCAGAUGGCCGAGCAGAUCGCGUCGGCCUGCAUCCGCUUCCUAUCAGACACCGCCGACGCGGCGACGUCCUCGACGCCAUCCUGGAUGCGCCCGACGCCGUUCAAGAAGCCCGCGGGGGCGCCGCCUCCGGCCAAGACAUGGCAAGAAGUGCUGGACAUGUUCACUGACGUCGCGAAGAGCCUGGAAACCGACCCGCGGCUAGCCGGGCACGCGCAGAAGAUCGAAGCCAUGAAGGAGGGGCUAUACCAGAUACGCGACAUUGUAAUCGAGAGGGAUAUCAGCUUCAAGGAGGCGCGCCGGCAGGACUGCCUGGUGCAGAGGAAGCUGUCCAAGAGCCUGGGGCACUCCUCCAGGUGCCUGUACACGCUGCUGCUCUUCUACCUCUACGGCACCGUCCGGGACAUCGAGGUGCAUGUCGGCAUCUGCAUUUCUGGCAAAGGAAGCAGGAAUGUCACCGUUCACGCCGCGAAGUUCCUGACCGACGGCGAUGAAUUGGCGGUCAGGAGCGGCGUCAAGCAGCUGAGCCGCGCUCUCGGUGUCUUCCGGUUCGUCUGGGAGGCAGCAAACACUGACUGUGAUGCUACCAAUGACAACGGCAAGGAUGUCACCGUUAAGAAAAAGAAUGGCGAGGAUGCAAAGGGUGUGCUGGAGCUGCAAGGGCAUCUCUGGGGCUUUGGUGUUGAAGAGAAGGCAGUGACAUACAGAGGGCAUGUGUUCCAUGUGCACCAGAUCCAACUGCCCUGA